AUGGAUGAUCAAUUCAAUGUAACAUAUAUAACUCUUGGUGGGCAUGUCGAAGUGGACAGGUACAGAUAUGUUUAUUUUGUGACUAUGUUCAUAGUAUAUGUUCUAAUAAUAUGCAGUAAUUCCACUAUUGUGUACCUUAUCUGGGUUCACAAAAACCUUCAUGAGCCUAUGUACAUAUUCAUUGCAGCUUUGUUAAUGAACUCUGUCCUUUUCAGCACUGCUGUCUACCCAAAGCUUUUGAUUGACUUUUUAUCUGAAAAACAGAUCAUAUCAUAUUCUGCGUGUCUCUUUCAGUUUCACAUGUUUUACUCUUUAGGUGGUUCAGAGUUCUUACUGUUGGCAGCCAUGUCUUAUGACAGGUAUGUUUCAAUAUGUAAACCUCUGAAAUAUCCAACUAUCAUGACCAAAACAACUGUCAGUAUUUUCCUGGUUUUAGCUUGGGUUCUGCCUGCUUGCCAGGUUGCAGUGCCAGCUGGUUUGAGUGCCAAUAAAAAAAUCUGUGGCUUUAUUUUACAAGGAGUUUUUUGUAACAACACAGUUUAUAAACUUCAGUGUGUGAUCUCAAGAGUACAAAUUAUACAUGAUAUGGUAAUUUUGCUUAAUAUUGCACUUGUCCCUGUGCUUUUCAUCCUUUUUACAUACACCCGAAUACUUCUAAUAACCUAUCGAAGUAGUCAAGCAGUCAGACAGAAAGCUGCACAGACAUGUUUACCUCAUCUGAUAGUUUUAAUCAACUUCUCCUGUCUGUGUGCAUAUGAUGUCAUUAGGGCUCAGAUGGAAUCUGACUUUUCCAAAACUGUAAGGUUGAUAAUGUCUCUCCAAAUCAUAAUGUAUCACCCUCUUUUUAAUCCAAUCAUGUAUGGGCUAAAGAUGAAAGAAAUUUCUAAACACCUCAAGACGUUGUUCUUUCAAGCCAAAAUUGUCUGA